CUUCGCUAACAGUCGUCACAGACAGAGUGCGCUUCCAUUUCUUUUGUGACGACGUGCCUCUCUAAACACCAGCUCUUCUCGUUCUGUCCGUAAAAGACAAAGAAACAUGUCCGACGAAGGAAAACUUUUCGUCGGUGGCCUGAGCUUCGACACAACAGAAGAAUCUCUGGCUGAAGCUUUCGCUAAGUAUGGAAACAUAGCAAAAGUUGAUGUCAUCAGGGACAAAGAAACGGGAAGAUCUCGUGGAUUCGGCUUCGUAAAGUACGAUAAUGCCGAGGAUGCGAAGGAUGCAUUGGAUGGCAUGAACGGCAAGUCAGUUGACGGCAGAACAAUUCGUGUGGACGAGGCAGGCAAGGGUGGUGGUCGUUCUGGAGGCGGAGGUGGUGGAUUCAGAGGGUCCAGAGGCGGUGGUGGAUAUGGCGGUGGAGGUGGAUAUGGAGGGGGGAGAGGAAGAGGUGGGCGAGUUUACUCGCGAGGUGGUGGAGGAUAUGGUGGUGGUGGUGACAGGGGAUAUGGUGAGAGGAGCUAUGGCGGUGGCGGCGGAGACCGGAGCUAUGGCGGUGGCGGCGGAGACCGGAGCUAUGGAAGUGGUGGUGGAUACAGGAGCGGCGGUGGCGGAGGAUACUCUUCCGGUGGCGGAGGAUACAGGGACAAUAGGGGCCAGGGAGGCUACGGGGAUCGCUCUGGGGGAUCCUACAGAGACAGCUACGACAGUUAUGGUAUGUAUGAGUUAUGGGUACUUACAUAAUGAUGUGCUUGCAUCAAUAGGCCUAGGGCACUUCCUCAGGGUUCUGGAAUCAAAUCUAUUCCUCUGACUAGUAUAGAAUGCCAUCUAGUUCAAUGCGCCGUUCCUUCCCUCCCCUGUACUCUGAACUCAUUCAAUUUGCUGGGAUCAUAUUUGCUUCAUCUUACGCCCAGCACUGUUUAUACAGAGAGACCUCCCACACUAGUUGGUUCAGCUAUUUGCGACUGUUUAGUGGGUAACCAUGUUGGAUGUGUCAAACUCAAAUGUUCGUGAACUUGUUUCCUAAACUCAGUGUCUGUGUGCCCACUUCUUGUCCUCAGCUGCUCACGAGUAAAAAUCUGCCCCCCGAUUCAAGAUCAUCCCUUGGCUGGCUGUAUUUAAAAAGAUGCGCUCCUCAAGAAAUUUGUCCACGUGUUGACCUGAUGAUUUUUUGUAGUCCUAUUCUGUGUUUAAGUAGCUCGAGCGUCUUUAAAUUUAGCCAUUGGGUUUCGGCCAUUCAUUUACAAACCAUGUUUAAUAGAAGUUCCAGUUGGAGAUGUUCUCUAAAGGAUGCAUCUCUAUUUGCUCUUAUGGCAUUUCAAUUGAUAAAGCAUAAUGUCUGACUUGUUGGUGCUGCAAAUUUAGUGAACUCAAAUAUUGCUUCACACGGCUGUUUUUGAAUAACAGCCUCAGUUACUUUCUACGCCCUGUUCCUAUCCAGCACUGUCUGACAUCACCAUUUGAAUCCUAAAUAUUAAUAUUGGGGAUAUCAAUGGGGCUUGUUAACCUCCUGUUUUUUGUUUUAAACGACAAUGUCCGACCUACCUCCUGCCAAGUUUUAAAACAGUAAAAAAAUAUUCCACUUAGAUGCUUUUGAAAACUGGCCGGGAAGUGCUUUUUGGAUUUUAUGAAUGCAUUCCUUGUGUUGCUAGGCAGCAAUGCCUUCACCCAUACCAUUGAGGUUCUUGAUAUAGCCGACGGUCCUGUGUUAAGUUUCCAAAAAGAGUGAAUUCCUUUAAGGCUGGUGACACUGCACGCCUGAAGUGGCCGGCUGUUCAUGAAGUUGCAAAUUGCAGUGGGCUACAGUCUGCCCACGGUGUUUUGCUCUGCUCAGAAGCCUGCAUUUUAAAUGUGCUUGUUAUACUGGACUUAACUUAAAGAGAACAAAAACAAUUCAUACUGUUACUACUCUUCCCCAAUAUUCCACCUGGGAACGAUUUUGUACUUUCUGUUCUUUGUAUCAUCAACAUUGAAGAUUAUCUUUUUUUUGUCAAUUUUGGCUUCAUGGAGCCCAUUAAAACGAUUUGUUGAAAAUA